AUGCAUAGUCAGACGCCAACUGCAAUGCCUGUUUUGGCUUGAUGUUCCUUUGAGCUCCAGCCAAUAUCCCAUGGCUGUUGUCAUUGGCGGAGCUUGUCAAUGAGCUCGCAUGGCUUGUGCUGGCCAGAUAUGGCUCAUUAGUUUUCCACCGGGAGCAGGUCUCUAAGCUUGGUUGCUCCGUUGAGGUUGAGUAGCUUAUAUAACGCCUUCUAUAUGGCUCGGCAUCUUGAAAUAAUCACACACACUAAGCAUGCAUUUUGAUUUUUUUUUGUUUCUGCGAGAAAAAGGAUUUACUGCUAUCGUCAUGCAUAAGCAUGCUAAUGCCGUUAGCGGCAAAAUAAUAGAAUGACGAGCCAGAUGGAAGAAGCAACUAACCAUUAGUUGGCACAAGCAACUCCCUCUGAAAACUAACCAUUAGUUGGCCGAGCUGAGCUGAGAUCUCCCCAAUGCAGAUUGCGAACUCCAACAAGUGCUCCAUUCUCCCUCUCCUUCCCCCCUCGGCUACCAACUCCGUCACCGGACUGAUCUCUCACUCGCAGAGAAUGUCCACUCCCGCUGGCCGCGGUGGCCGAGCCCGAGCGCCAGCUCAAAAGGUGCAGUUCCGGCGGAGCCGGGAGAAGGCUGCGCUACCUUCACUGUCCGAUUCUUCUGACUCCGAUACCGACGAUCGCGACAGAGAAGGCCACAACAAGUUCGAUCCUGUCAUCACUAACCCAGCUUUCGAUGAGUAUUACAAGGAGCAAGAGAUAGUGUCACCCGAAGAAUGGGACACUUUUAUCGAAGUCCUUCGGACGCCGUUGCCUGCUGCUUUUAGAGUGAGUCCUAGUAGCCAAUUCUGUGUGGAGAUCCUUUCACAGUUGGAAAAUGACUUCAGGAAAUCCAUCCGACCAGAGCACUCUGACGAUAAUGACACUGAGGCUAUUACACCAUUGCCCUGGUAUCCUGACAAUCUAGCAUGGCAAUUUAAUUAUUCUCGGAGGCAGCUUAGGAAGGACCAUAGUCUUGAAAGGUUUCAUGAGUUCUUGAAGCUAGAAAAUGAAAUUGGAAACAUCACAAGACAGGAGGCAGUCAGCAUGGUACCUCCACUCUUACUGGAUGUACAUCCAGAACAUUUGGUUUUAGAUAUGUGUGCGGCACCUGGUUCAAAAACAUAUCAAUUGCUUGAGAUCAUGCACCAUUCAAACCGGGAAGGAUCUUUGCCUGAUGGGCUGAUUGUGGCAAAUGAUCUUGUAGCCCAAAGAUGCGACCACCUCAUUCACAAGAUGAAAAGAAUGAAUACUGCAAACUUGGUAGUCACCAACCAUGAAGCUCAAUGUUUCCCUGGGGGCUUCCUCAGCGAGACUAAUGCUUCUCAAAUAGCUGCUGAAACAGAGAUGCAUCCUCAUCAGCUUCUCUUUGAUCGUAUCUUAUGUGAUGUCCCAUGCAGUGGAGAUGGUAACCUUCGGAAAGCUCCAAAUUUAUGGAGGAGGUGGAAUGCAGGGAUGGGAAAUGGGCUCCACAGCGUACAGCUUCAGAUAGCUAUGCGAGGAAUUACAUUGCUUAACAUUGGUGGACGGAUGGUUUACUCCACUUGUUCAAUGAAUCCAGUUGAGAAUGAGGCUGUGGUAUCCGAGAUUCUGCGAAGGUGUGAAGAUUCUGUUGAGCUUGUUGACGUUUCCACUGAGCUUCCUAAACUUAUUCGUCAUCCAGGUCUUAGGAAAUGGAAGAUACGUCAUAAAAAUUGCUGGUUUUCUACCUUCAAUGAAGUCCCAGACUAUUGCCGGGGUGGGAUAGUUCGCAGUAUGUUCCCUCCUGAUAGAAGUCACAGGAACUCUGUCGGCGAUCAUACCUCAGAAUUCGGAGAGAAGUUCAACAGCAAUGAUUCCAUAGAUCCUCAAACGGCAGUGCAGCGAGUUCACCUAACAGUUAAUUACAAUGAUUCUGUUAACAGAAUUUCCAACUUCCCUUUAGAACGUUGCAUUAGAAUAUUGCCUCAUGAUCAGAACGGUGGAGCCUUCUUCAUUGCAGUAUUCAACAAACUAGCUCCCUUACCAGCCAUUCGUAAGCGAACUAUUAGUGAACAAGAUUCUUUGCCCUCUCUACAAGAUCAACUAGGGAACCUUGUCGAAUAUAUGGAGGUUUUGGAGGUUAGCUCGUCAAACGUCCAAAAUAAUGCAGGAGGAAAUGCGCAUACCAAACACAAGUGGAAGGGCAUUGACCCAGUUGUAUUCUUGAAGGAUGAAUCCAUCAUUGACAACAUCAAGUCAUUCUAUGGGAUCAGUGAUUCGUUCCCUCUGAGGGGUCAUCUUGUGACGAGAAACAGUGAUUCUAACUGUGGAAAGAGAGUUUACUAUAUCUCCAAACAAGUUAAAGAUCUUCUGGAGCUGAACAUUCGAGCUGGGCAGCAACUUAAGAUUCCUUACGUCGGCCUGAUGAUGUUUGAGCGAAAAAGAUCGAAAGAAGGCACUUUGACAUGUCCAUUUAGGAUAUCAUCUGAGGGGCUGCCUUUGAUUCUUCCAUACAUCACGAAGCAAAUCCUAUAUGCAUCUGAUGUAGACUUCAGGCUUCUUUUGCAGCACAAGUCCAUCAGAUUUGCAAAUUUUCUAGAUCGCGAGUUCGGUGAGAAGGCAUGGAAGCUUAUUCCCGGGGGUUGUGUAGUUGUUUUAAGUAAAGGUGAUGAAGCGGUAAAGGCUUGCACUCGAGCAGGUGACUCAACCAUAGCAAUCGGGUGCUGGAAGGGAAAGACUUGCGUGAAUGUGAUGGUUAGCCCACUUGACUGUCAAGAACUGCUUCAUCGGCUUUUCCCAGGAGAAGAAAACCUCUACCCCCCAGUGCAAGGAAGCAAACCUUCGAUCAGCUCAGAUGAUCUCAGAGAUGGUGAUAGUAUCAGGACCACAGUAGGUUGCUGAUCUAUAUGUUACAAGAUUUUCAUUUUUAGGUUGUGCGAGUGAAGUGUACCAUUCGAUUCGAUAAUGCUUCGAAUGGACCCUCUUGACACGAAGGCAGCCAUUUUUUCUCAUUGCUCUCAUAUAUGCAGGUGGAAAUUUUGUUCUAAAAAGUGGGACCAUUGGUUCUAUCAUCAAUUUUGAAGGGGGGAAUUUGGUCGGAGUGGUCCUGAUCCAUCCAAUAAUGGUACAAAAUCGAUACAAAUCAUCGGAUCCCAAUUAUGGGGGAUGUGAAUCUGAAUUUACAAAUAA